GCUGGCUGCUUAGUCACAGCCCCCUCGCUUGGGUGUGUCCUUCGCGCGCUCCCUCCCUCUUAGAUCACUCUUUCAACCCUUGAAUAAAAACGGCAGCCAACUUCCGAGGCGGCCUCAUUGCCCACGGCCCCCAGCCUCUGACAGGUUCGAUCCUCCCUUCUCCUCGUCCCCGUCCUCCUCCAGCCCCGUGCCCCCCGGUGUACCGCGACCCUCCAGCUCCACUCGAUCCCCUGCGCUUCGCUCCCACAUCAUGAACAAGUUUUGGUGGCACGCAGCUUGGGGACUCUACUGCCUCGUGCAACUGAGCCUGGCGCAAUCACAGAUCGAUUUGAAUAUAACCUGCCGCUUUGCAGGUGUAUUCCACGUGGAGAAAAAUGGUCGCUACAGCAUCUCCCAGACAGAGGCAGCUGACCUCUGCAAGGCUUUCAACAGCACCCUGCCCACCAUGGCUCAGAUGGAGCAGGCCCUGAGUAAAGGGUUUGAGACCUGCAGGUACGGGUUUAUAGAAGGGCAUGUGGUGAUCCCCCGGAUCAAUCCCAACUCCAUCUGUGCAGCCAACAACACUGGGGUGUACAUCCUUACCUCCAACACCUCCCACUAUGACACCUACUGCUUCAAUGCUUCAGCUCCACCUGACAAAGAAGAUUGUGCCUCAGUCACAGACCUGCCCAGUUCCUUUGAUGGACCCGUUACCAUAACUAUUGUCAACCGUGAUGGGACUCGAUAUAGCAAGAAGGGGGAGUACAGGACGAACCCAGAAGACAUCAACCCUACCAACUCUAAUGAUGAAGAACUAAGUAGUGGAUCCCCCAGUGAGAAAGGGACUUCGGAAAGCUACAUCUUCUCCACCAACCUUCCUGUUACAGACUCAAGCCCAGACCAAGACACCACCUCCAUCUACAAGAGCACCCCAGCUACCAUUACCUCCACUGUGCACUCAAACAGCCAUGCAGCAGCUCAGAAACAAAGUAACUGGAUGUGGUUUUGGUUUGAUAAUUCACAACCUAAGACUCAAGAUAUCACAACUUCAGCAACCACAGCCUUGGUGAGCACUAGGAGUGCAACUCCUGAAAGAGAAACUAAGAGGCAAGAAGCCCAGCACUGGCUUUCAUGGUUGUUUCAACCAUCAGAGUCCAAGAAUCAUCUUCCUGCAACAACAAAAAUACCUGGUAUGGAGUCAAAUACCACGUCCACAGGCUGGGAGCCAAAUGAAGAAAAUGAAGAUGAAAGAGACAAACACAUCAGUUUUUCUGGAUCAGGCAUUGAUGAUGAUGAAGAUUUUAUCACCAGCACCAUUUCAGCCACUCCAUGGGGGUCUAUCCACACAAAACAGAGCCAGGAUCCCACCCAAUGGAAGCCAAGCCAUUCAAAUGCAGAAGUACUACUUCAGACAGCCACAAGGAUGACUGAUAUAGACAGGAACAGCACCAGUGCUCAAGAAGAAAACCAGACCAUGGGACCACAGCCUCCUAUCAUUCACCAUGAACAUUGGGACGAAGAAGAGAACCCACGUUCUGCAAGCACAACCUGGGCAACUCCUAGUAGCACCACAGAAGAAACAACUACCCCAAAAGAACAGUGGUUUGUGAGCAGAUGGCACGGGGAAUAUCCCCAAACAGCAAGAGAAGACUCUCAGGCAACAUCAGGGACAACUGCCUCAGCCCACAACAGCCAUUCAAGUGAAAGAAUAACCACACAGAGUCAAGAGGACAGUUUCCAGACUGAUUUCUUCAGUUCAGUCUCACAUCCAAUGGGACCAGAUCAUCAAACAGAAGGAAGGACGGAUAUGGUUUCCAACCAUAAUACAACACUUCAGCCUACUGCAGACCCAAACCCAGAUUUGAUGAAAGACUUGGACAGGACAGCACCUGUUUCCAUGACAACUCAGCAAAGUCAUUCUCAGAGUUACUCGACAUCAUCCGGAGAUCCACAAGACAAGAAAGAUCAUCCAACAGCUUCUACUCCAACAUCUAGCAAUAGGAAUGAUAGCAGAGGUGGAAAUCUUCCAGAAGACUCAACUACUCCACUGGAAGGUUAUACCACUCCUUAUCCAGACACAAUGGAAAACAAAACCCUCAGCACACUGACCCCUACUCAGACUGGGGCCUCAGAAGAAACUGAAGUUACUGUUGCUGGAGAGUCUAGCUCCCUUGUUGAUGGCUUCUUACCAGGAGACCAGGAUGCCAUGGACUCCAGCGGGAGGUCCCACACCACGCACGGAUCUGAAUCAAACGGACCCUCAAGCGGGAGUCAAGAAGGUGAAGUGAACACAACCUCUGGUCCUAUAAGGAAGCCCCAAAUUCCAGAGUGGCUCAUCAUCCUGGCAUCCCUCCUGGCCCUGGCUUUGAUUCUGGCUGUUUGCAUUGCUGUCAACAGUCGACGAAGAUGUGGACAGAAGAAGAAGCUGGUGAUCAACAAUGGUAAUGGAACAGUGGAGGACAGAAAGCCAAGUGAACUCAACGGAGAUGCCAGCAAGUCUCAGGAAAUGGUGCAUUUGGUGAACAAAGAGUCAUCAGAGACCCCAGAUCAGUUUACAACCACUGAUGAGACCCAGAGCCUGCAGAAUGCAGAUGUGAAGGUUGGGGUGUAACAUCUCCGCCAUGAUUUUGGAAAGAAAACACAGUUGGAGAUAAAACCAUUACAAGGAGCUGGGACACUUAACAGAUGCAAUGUGCUACUGAUUGUUUUAUUGGGGGAAUUUUUUUAGCAUAAAACUUCCUAUUCCUUUUUGUUUUCUUGUGGUUUUUUCCCCUAAAGUCAGGUCCAAUGUAUUGGACAAAAAAACAAAAAACAAAAACAAUAGCAUUGCUUUCUGAAAUGAGGGCCCAAAGCAUUAUCCACAAGAAAUUUGACUGUUCCAGUUCCCAUCUGGAGGCUUUGCUCCUCUUGAGGUAUGCUAAGAAUGCCUUCUAACAAAUGCUACACAUACAUGUUCCCGAUCCCAGCCAUCUCCCUACUUUACCUUUCAGGUAACAGCCACCUGCUAAGGUGGCUAAGUUCCUCAGAACUAAGAGGGAUUGAUCCCUGGGAGGAAAUUUGAAUGGGUCCAUAUUGCCUCUCCAGCAGCCCAAUCCCUGGGCAUUGCUUUCCAAUGGGGUGUGGGAUCAAAGUGUACAGGUGACACAACCCCUCUUUUAAACACUCCUGGUAAUUUUCAGAUGCAUCUGGGAGACACCCAAAGGGUGAAGCUAUUUAUCUUUAGUAAGCUAUUUAUCUGUGUUUUUUUUUUUGAAAUAUUAAGCCCUGAAAGCCCUUUGAUCAACAUGUGUUUUUGUUUAGGUUAUUUGUCAGAGGCACAAAAACGUUUAACCUGAGUCAUAAUAAACAUCUGUAUGUCUUCCAUUGUAA